AUGGGAGGAAAAGCAGAGAAAGGGACGCCUAAAUGGCUUGCAAAUCGAAUGAAAUCUAAAGGUCUUCAACGCCUUCGAUGGUAUUGUCAGGCUUGUGAAAAACAAAUGCGAGAUGAAAAUGGUUUUAAGUGUCAUACACAGUCAGAAGCACAUGUAAGACAAAUGUUGUUGAUUGGAGAAAAUCCAAAUCGACAUAUUCACAAUUAUUCUGUAGAGUUUAAAAAUAAUUUUAUUCAAUUAUUAAGGACGUCUCAUGGCGAAAAACGUGUUCAUGCAAAUCACUUUUAUCAAGAAUAUAUUGCAGACAAAGGGCAUUUAAGAAUGAAUGCUACUAGAUGGGUUACGUUGACAGAAUUUGUAAAAUAUUUGGGCUAUGAAGGAAUAUGUAGGGUAGAUGAGACAGAAAAAGGGUUAUAUAUUUCAUGGAUUGAUAAUUCACCUGAAGCGUUACGCCGUCAACAGUCGAUUAUCAAAAGAGAUCGUCAGGAUAAAGGAGAUGAAGAAAGAGAGCUUAAAAUGAUUAAUGAGCAAGUUGAAAGGGCAAAAAAGAUGAAAGAAAAUCAAGAACAAAGUCAUGAAAAUGUAGUAAAAGAAUUGAAAAGAGAUGAAAGUAAAAUUUCGAUUUCAUUAUCAAAACCACCUAUUGAAGAAAAAAACGAGUCAUCUAAUUCAGAGAAUCAGGGAAGCUCUUAUUCUAUUAAAGUCCCUUUUGUGAAAAAACAAGAAAACGUAUUUAAAAGCAUAACCAAAUCUAAUCCUUCAAAACAAGUACAAAAUAAAGAAAAAAGACCGCUAACAACUGCAGAAAAAAUCAUUAUUGAGGAAACUAUGGAACGUAAAAGGAAGGAAGAAUGGAAACAACGCAAAAUUGAUUCAAAACGUUAUCGUAUUCAAGCUAAUUAA